GUCAGCGAUACCCCGACCAAAUCGGGGGUAAGCUAUCAAUGAAAGGGAAACCGAAUCUUCUGGAGAGCCACACUGGCGCGUUUCAAUCUUGGAGUUGGAUUUGGAAACAUUUCGAAACAGACUAGGGGCCGUACUCGGUUACAGAGAUGUUGAUAUUUUUGAUAUGCAUUUAUCCGACAUAUCUAAACAUCCUGCCAUUUGAGUUUUGAGCUCUCUUCAGAUUAGGCAAAGUAAGCAUUGAAGUCACGGGGUAAAGUAUCUCCUUGUCAUGGCUCUAUAUCCUACAUCGAAAUUGGGCUUGGGUAAGGUUUUACUCCAUUCAACUAUGGUUGAAGGCUCGUCUGGUUUUUUUUGUAAAUCCGAACACGCUUGAAGGCUUUAGAUUUCAACGUUUUUACCCUCUCUGUAAACAACCAUAUCCGCCUUCUUAUAAAUGUAGAACAUGAACAGGACAAACAUUGAAAGCGCCUCGCACAAACUGCUUUGCAAAAAACGACGCCAUCAACCGUUGCCAAACCCAUCCAACUUCCUCGCACCUGCCAUCGCGCAGCUUGCCUCAUCCACUAUAACCCUGACUCCCCAAAUUUACCCCGCCAACCCCACCACUCACAGCCAAACAGCAGCCAAGUCAACAUACAGCCUGCCUCAUCAGGCUUCACUCACUCGCUUACACCAUCAACACCGUCAGGCAGAAACAAUAAACCAAAGCUCAUAUAACAUCCUCCAUUUUACAUCUCCCACCUCUUCCUCUACAAACCAACCACAACCACUCAAACCUAUCCAAAAUGGCACCCCCCACCCCCCUCGAGAGAGCAACCAACUCUGUCCUCCGCCUCGUAAAAGAAGAGUCCUACUACCACAAGGAGCUCGCCCAUCAAGAAACCCGCAUCUCCAAGCUCCAGACUGAGAUUGCCGCCGGCAAACCCGACCUCGACAGCAACGCCCCUUACAUGUUGAAACAAGAGCAAACCGCCCUCGAGGAAACCAAAGCCGUCUUCGGUCCUCUCCGUGACAAGAUCUCCGAAGCUGUCCAGAACCUGGAGGAGCAAAUCGCCAUCACGGAGAGCGAUGGGGCGGAGGGCAAGGAGGAGGAGCUGAAGAAGGCGAGGGAGGCGGUGGAGAGUGGGAAGAAGGUUGCUGAGCAGGAGUAGUAGAUAAUUCAUGGAAGAAAAGCAAGUAGGACGUGUUCAUAAUUAAUAUUAUUUGACG